AAAAAAGCAACGUAGCAACAAUGCUGUUUACCCACUUCCUCCAAAAGGCGUGUGUGACCUGUUGCUGGAAGGGGAGAUACAAAGGCUUCCCAGUGGCUGCCUGGGCCGGCCCUGGGCCCGCCCCCCCCCGCCGCGCCGUCCCGGCGGCUGAGAGCCCCCGCCCCGUUUCAUGCAAAACCAGGGGUAGAGACUUGUCCUCAGUGGCGGAGCCGCCGAGCGCUGAUUGGCCGGGGCGAACGCAUUUAUUCCCUGACAAGCCCCCAUCACAUGGAUGGUUGUCUAUUAACUUGUUCAAAAAAGUAUCAGGAGUUGUCAAGGCAGAGAGAGAGAGUGUGUGUGUUUGCAAAAGGGGGUAAAGUAGUUUGCUGGCUCUUUAAGACCGAGGUGGAGAGAGAGAGAGAGAGGGAGAGAGAGAGGGCGGCAGGCAGAGAAAAGGGAAAAAGGAGGAAGAAGUUUUUUAAAUCCGAGGCUCCGGCGGUAAUAAUAGCAGUUAUUAGCAUUAUUAAUCCAUCAGCGAAGAGGAAGAUUCUGAUCUCGAUCCAAGUGUGGUUUUGGGGAGUCCCCCUCCCCCCCUUCAUACCCCUCCCUAGGAAAAAAAAAAAAAAAAAAAAAAGAGAGAGAGAAAAAAAAAGAAGUCCGGCUCGGGACUUGGGCGCCGCUCCGCUCCGCUUCUCCGCUCCGGGCUGGUUCCAGGCAAAAGUAGUUUGAAUGUACAACAUGAUGGAAACCGAGCUGAAACCUCCCGCCCCCCAGCAAACUUCGGGGGGAGGCACAGGCAACUCCAACUCGGCCGCGAACAACCAGAAGAACAGCCCGGACCGCGUCAAGCGCCCCAUGAACGCCUUCAUGGUGUGGUCGAGGGGGCAGCGGCGGAAGAUGGCCCAGGAGAACCCCAAGAUGCACAACUCGGAGAUCAGCAAACGGCUCGGGGCCGAGUGGAAGCUGCUGUCCGAGGCGGAGAAGCGGCCCUUCAUCGACGAGGCCAAGCGGCUGCGGGCCCUGCACAUGAAGGAGCACCCGGAUUAUAAAUACCGGCCCCGGCGGAAAACCAAGACCCUGAUGAAGAAGGAUAAGUACACGUUGCCAGGGGGCUUACUGGCGCCGGGCACCAAUACCAUGACGACCGGGGUAGGGGUUGGGGCCACCUUGGGAGCUGGGGUGAACCAGAGGAUGGACAGUUACGCGCACAUGAACGGCUGGACCAACGGAGGCUAUGGGAUGAUGCAAGAGCAGCUCGGCUACCCGCAGCACCCGGGCUUGAACGCGCACAACGCGGCGCAGAUGCAGCCCAUGCACCGCUACGACGUGAGCGCCCUGCAGUACAACUCCAUGACCAGCUCGCAGACGUACAUGAACGGAUCGCCUACCUACAGCAUGUCGUACUCCCAGCAAGGGACCCCGGGCAUGGCCCUGGGCUCCAUGGGCUCGGUGGUCAAGACGGAAUCCAGCUCCAGUCCCCCCGUAGUCACCUCCUCGUCUCAUUCGAGGGCUCCUUGCCAAGCCGGGGACCUUCGGGACAUGAUCAGCAUGUAUCUACCAGGUGCUGAAGUACCAGAACCAGCUGCCCCAAGCAGACUUCAUAUGUCCCAACACUACCAGAGUGCACCUGUUCCUGGCACAGCCAUUAAUGGCACACUCCCUUCUACUCAAAUGUAUGUAAGACAAAGGGGCCGGGGGGGCGGGGUGGGGGUGGGGGGGGAAGGAGAACUAAACAAAACAAACAAACAACAACAACAACAAAAAACUUUUAUUAGAAAUUCUGGACUUUUUGUUUUGUUUUGUUUUGUUUUUGUUGGUUUUUGUUUUUUGGUGGUUUUUUUUUGGACUAUUUUUGUACAGAGAAAACUCUGGGGGGGAAGGGGAGGGGGUGGGGGGGGGGCAGGGAGGGGGUCAGAAAUAAAGCCGACAAAGGAACUUGUAUAGAGCUCGGAGGGGAAGCGACUACACAAAACUUUUUUAAAGUUCUAGUGAGAACGGUAGGAACUUUGCAGGAAAAGUUUGCAAAAGUCUUCACCGGUAAUAUUUAGAGCUUAGACUCCAAGAGCGGAGAGGAGAACGUUUGAAUAUUUGCAGGCAACUUUUGUACAGUAUUUAUCAAACUCCACAUGGCAAUCAGAAUGUCCAUCGCUCAUAGGGAGAGGGGAGAAAUCAAAGCCGAGAAUUCGCGAGUGAUUUUUUGACCACACAGACUCUCCGUGGAGCACCGUGGCCGUGGCAGCUCUGCUGACGGCAGCUGCGGGAGGAGAGGGAAUUAUUUUGCAGCAUUUGGACGUUGAAAAUUGGUUUGGAAAUUGUACAAAAGGCAAAAGCGGUAGGAGGAAGACUGGCGAGCCGUGGGCUUGGUUUGCUGGGAGAGGGCAAACGUUUCGAUGUACGACGUUUUGCUUUUAUUUUCUUUUUUACUUCUGGUUAAAAAGCAAGAAAAAAAAACAAAACAAAAGGCCAUGAAGGUUCACACGCCGUUUGUUAAUUUAUAAUAACUUUUUUGUUUCCAGACUUCAUCCCGUUCAAAGAGAAGGAAAAAAACAAACAAACAAUCCCCCCCCCCCCAACCCCAACCUGAA